AUGGCAGAAAUUAAGAAAAAGUCAGAUAUUUCUGAAGAAAAGCCUAAGCCAUGUUGUGUUUGUUUAGAAACAAGAAAAGCAAGAGAUGAUUGUAUGGUUUCAAAAGAAGGAGAUCCGUUAAUAAUAUGCCAAGAAUUAAUAGAAGCACAUCGCCAGUAUGUUCUGAUAUGGAUCGGCUGA